GACACAGUAUAUCUCUCGAUAUUUGUGAGGCUAGCCAUGUAAAAUAUGCACAUUAUCUAUCUAUUAAUUUACAUAACACAAAAAGUGGAGAUACUAUGUUAAGGUUGCAACAUCUGAAAACUGAUUAUAUAUUAUUUUUGUACAGAUGUAAGGAUGAUGAGAUGAACCAUUUAUACACAUUAAUUUUAAAUCCUGAUAACACAUAUGAGGUACGCAUUGAUGGUUCAAAGGUAGAGUCUGGCUCGUUAGAAGCUGAUUGGGACUUUUUAGAGCCGAAAAAAAUUAAAGAUCCAGAAGCUAAGAAACCUGACGACUGGGUAGAUAAUGCAAAAAUGGAUGAUCCAGAAGAUAAAAAACCAGAAGAUUACGACAAACCAGAAUUGAUCCCUGACCCAGAUGCAAAGAAACCUGAAGACUGGGAUGAUGAGGAAGACGGUGAAUGGGAACCACCAAUGAUCAACAACCCCGAAUAUAAGGGUGAAUGGAAGCCAAAACAAAUUGACAAUCCUGCAUACAAAGGAGAAUGGGUCCACCCAGAAAUUGAUAACCCAGCUUAUGUAGCAGACAAGGACCUAUACAAAUAUCCAGACAAUGCUUUCGUUGGAUUUGAGUUAUGGCAGGUCAAAUCUGGUACCAUCUUUGAUAACAUCAUUGUGACCGACGAUGUUGCAGAGGCGGAAGCAUUUGCUAAGGAAACAUUUGAAAAAACGAAAGAAGAGGAAAAAGCAAUGAAAGAGAAAUUAGAUGAAGAAGAAAGGAAGAAACAAGAAGAAGAGGAUGCUAAACGUAAGAAGGAAGAGGAAGAAAAAGAAAAGAAAGAGGAUGAUAAAGAUGAUGAGGAGGAAGAAGAGGAGGAAGAAGAAGAACCUAGUGAAGACAAAAAGACCGAAGAUUCAACAGAAGAAAAAGAAGUGAAAGACGAACUAUAAUAAGCAAAUAGUUAUAGGAUGAAUUUUUACAAUUUUUAGAACAUAGUUUUACGAAAUAUCUUAAAUCAAGACGCAUCAGAUAACUUAUUUGAAUCACGUUUUAGUUUCGUCGUCGUAGUAGUUUUGUCGGCUAUGUCACCUGUGUAUGUUUCAAUGUGCUUGUAUUUAUAAAAUAAUUCCGUUCUGUACACCUUUUCACAAAGAAAAACAAAAUAGACCAAACAA